AGAAGCAGAUAUCUACGUGGAUAUAUGCAGCUCUCAGUCAGACUCUCUCAGUGUUUGUCAGGUCAACAGAGGAACAUGGCUUCAUCCUUUCUCAGCUUCUCCCUCCUCUUCAUCAGCCUCCACGCAGCAGAUGGAUUUAUGGAAUAUGUAGUGACCCGCUGUGAGUUUAACUCCACUGAGCUGAAGGACAUCGAGUACAUCAGCUCUUACUAUUACAACAAGAAGGAGUACGCCAGGUUCAGCAGCAGUGUGGGUCAGUAUGUUGGAUACACUGAGUGGGGACUGAAGAACGCUGAUAACUGGAACAAAGAUGCUUCAAUAAUGGCUCAGCAGAGAGGUGAGAAGGAGAGGGUCUGCCUAAACAACGUUGGGAUCGACUACCAGGCUGCUCUGACUAAGUCAGCUGAGCCCUACGUCAGGCUGCGCUCCGAGACGCCCUCUGGUGGUAAACAUCCCUCCAUGUUGGUCUGCAGCGUCUUCAGCUUCUACCCCAAACAGAUCAGAGUGGGCUGGCUCAGAGACGGACAGGAAGUCACCUCUGAUGUCACUUCCACUGAUGAGCUGGCAGACGGGGACUGGUACUACCAGGUCCACUCUCACCUGGAGUACACGCCCAGGUCUGGAGAGAAGAUCUCCUGUGUGGUGGAGCACGCCAGCCUGAAGGAACCUCUGGUGACUGACUGGGACCCGUCCCUGCCUGAGUCUGAGAGAAACAAGAUCGCCAUCGGAGCCUCAGGACUGAUCCUGGGUCUGAUCUUAUCUCUGGCUGGAUUCAUCUACUACAAGAGGAAGGCCCGAGGAAGGAUUCUGGUCCCCACUAACUGAUCCUGGAUCUGGACUUGGAUCUGAUCCUGGACCCGAUCCUGCAGCUGCUGCUUCAUCCUGCUUCCUGUGUUUCAGCUCAGCAGACUGGCUGAACAGCUGGUUCUCUGCUGGUCUCUUUAAACCCUGAUCCAGGACUGUCAGACCUGCUUCCUCUCCGUGUGAUCUGAUGCUUCACUGGGUGAAAUCAAUAUUUUACAGCCUCUAAAUAUAAAAUCAGAUAUAAUCCAGAGGUCUGAAUGAUUCUGGGCUCGUAGGUUGUGAGAUUUUUAGAUUUAUAUAUUUUUACUGGAGUGAAACGUUUUCUAACCUCAAUAAACCUUCAGAAAACUC